UGUGUCUUCUUCACUGCCACAUUCCCCGCCUGAGCCCUAAACUGAAACGAACUGCCCCUAGAUUUUUAUUCAUGCUCAAUUAGGGCGAAAAUACAUUCAUCGUAUUUAUAGGCUAAACAAAUUCGUGUAAUUGAUAAGAUUUCUUCCUAAAGGAAGAAAUUCGGCCGAGCAAAUACAUUUUAACAUUGGGCCUUACCGCUGGUUGUCCCACGUGCUUUCACAAACCAAUCCCCCUCCCCCUCGGCUCCAUCACUAUCACCAUGGCAACAGAGGAGAAGAAACCAGAAACUGAGGCCACUAAAACGUCAUCUGCAUCUGCCAGCCAGAGUAAGUCGGCACCAGUCAAGCCCAACUACACCCUGAAAUUCACCUUAGCCGGCCACACAAAAGCAGUUUCGUCUGUCAAGUUCAGUCCCAGUGGAGAGUGGCUCGCCAGUUCAUCUGCUGACAAACUGAUAAAAAUUUGGGGAGCUUACGAUGGAAAGUUUGAGAAAACAAUAUCGGGACACAAACUUGGGAUCUCAGAUGUCGCCUGGUCCUCAGACUCCAACCUCCUGGUUUCAGCAUCUGACGACAAGACUCUAAAGAUCUGGGACGUCAGCUCGGGGAAAUGUUUGAAGACGUUGAAAGGCCACAGCAACUAUGUCUUCUGCUGCAACUUUAAUCCGCAGUCCAAUCUCAUCGUGUCUGGAUCAUUUGACGAGAGCGUGCGGAUAUGGGAUGUUAAAACCGGCAAAUGCUUGAAGACCCUGCCGGCCCACUCUGACCCAGUCUCUGCAGUCCAUUUCAACAGAGAUGGCUCAUUGAUUGUGUCUAGCAGCUACGAUGGCCUCUGCCGAAUCUGGGACACAGCAUCGGGACAAUGUCUGAAAACACUAAUUGAUGACGACAACCCCCCGGUGUCUUUUGUGAAGUUCUCACCAAACGGAAAAUACAUUCUGGCUGCCACAUUGGACAACACCCUGAAGCUUUGGGAUUACAGCAAAGGAAAGUGCUUGAAAACAUACACCGGCCACAAAAACGAAAAGUACUGCAUAUUUGCAAAUUUCUCUGUCACCGGUGGAAAGUGGAUUGUCUCUGGCUCGGAGGACAACAUGGUGUACAUCUGGAACCUGCAGACCAAGGAGAUCGUACAGAAACUACAGGGCCAUACAGAUGUGGUGAUUUCUACUGCCUGCCACCCCACAGAGAACAUCAUUGCGUCUGCGGCGCUAGAAAACGACAAAACCAUCAAACUGUGGAGGAGCGACUGCUAAGCCCCCGGGCGUGCUUAUUGUAUUUUCAUUUUAUUGUACUUUUCAUUUGACUGUUUUUAGCUGGACCCGAAUGCCUUGAGGACUGAGCCUCAACUAGAAGAAGAAAAAGAACGCAAGUCCAGAACAUCACCACAACCACUACCCUUCAUCCAGAACCAGCGCAAACCCCAACUCAACCACAACCCUCUGCCUGGUCUUGCUUGUGCCCUUACAUGCUCUACUAUCUCUGCCUUACUCUUACUGUGAGCUGGAUGUUUGUGUUUCAUCAAUUGGAAUAUGAGAAUCACCCUUUGUCAUUCAUGAGGAAAAUGGUCACAUGGUAUCUUAUGCUUUACUCUCUAUGUGUAGGUGUCUUAGUAUUGAUACAUGCUUUGUUUUUGCCAGAUUGGAUUGGCCUCAAGUAAGUUCUCCUAUUCACCAUGUAAGGUGUUUUUUCUUCAGACUAACAGACUGCUUCACUGUUUGGUGUCUGACAUUUCACUUUUAACAACUUGAAGUCUCAUUGAAAUGCAGUAGAUUAGUAGCCUGGACUCAGAUCUGUAUGUGUCAUGCCAAACAUGUUGGUGACAUGAUAGCACAAACAGAUCUGGGACCAGGCUAAUGGAUAAGUGGUAACUGUCAUAUUUCCAAUAUUCGUAAUUAAACAGUCAGUAUGAAGAGGAGUUGAAACAAAGCUUCAUACACGGGAGUGCUUGAGGUUCAUUUUGUUUUGUUGUAUUUAUUAUAAAACGAUCUAUUCAAAGCUCAGAAUGCAUUGAAGGGGUUAAAUACAUUUUUACAUACAAUCUAUUUCAACAAGGAAUUAAGUUUUGCCAGCAGUUUCUCAACCACUUCUCUACAAGUCACUUAAGUAACAGUUUCUCUAGUUUGGUAUCGACACUACGCUCGGACACAGCGAGCGCUGCCUUGCUUUGAACUCACUUCUACAUACAACUAGGUGUAUUCUGAUUCUGUAUAAUACAUUGUUGGUGCUCAACUGAUCCCUCUAGAAUUCACAGGUGUAAACGGUGGGUUGAGAAGUAUAUCGACAAGAGCCUACAUUGAAGGGGCUCUUGCCUGUACUGUCAGUGCAUUUUACUGGUCUCAACUCAAUCCUUAUAUUCAAAGUAAUGUCAAUUGUGAGGAAAGAAAUUAACUCAGAGGCUGUUUUUGUUUUUCAUUUCAAUUAUUAUUUUAGAGAUGCAUCCAGUCCAUUGCCUUGCACUGUUCUUAUGUUGAUCCUGACUCGGUGUCUGGCUGUCAUUAUGUUAACACAACCUGGUUUAGAUGUCAAAGCACAGUGACCAAAUGCAAGUAUUUUUGUGCUCCCCAUUCUGUACAUACUGCUACAUCAACAUGUGUAUUGUUAAGACGAGCAAUAUGUUGGCUGUCUUUCUGUAUCGUUCUUGUUUAACUGUCUUGAUAGCUAGUAGUUCAAUACACAACAUGGACAUGUUUUACUGCUCUCCCUUCUGGAUGUUCAUUGCACUGCAGUGGUAUCAAGGACUGCAUGAAAUUCUGUGUCUGCAUUUAGUCAAUCUGGAUUUUGUGAAUUUGCAUUUGACAGCUAUACCUUGUGAAUUAAUAAAGAGCAUUUUUUAAGAUGUUAAA